AUGGCAAGCCAGUUGGCGGUAACAGCCAAGCAGUUCGCGCUCUGGCUGAGUGCAUUUGCGUCGGAACUGAGUGUGUUUGCGUCGUUGGAGGGAGUAUUCGAUGCACCCGCGACCUUCCACGCCAAUAUCGAAAAUGCGCCGAAUAGUGCUGCCAGAACUAUGGCAAGUAACUCAAGGAUUGCAUUGGUGACAACCUCGGUCGCAAGUGGUUUGCUUUUUGCUGAUACCUGCGUCUGGAUCUGGAUCAGUUGGUCGAGUCUUAGGACAAGCUCGCUGUCUUUGACUCCCUUUUCGGGGAUGUCGGAUGUGGAAGUAGAUCGGUCCAUAGUAGAGAACAAUAAGAAUAUGGUAAUAGUCAACCCCCGAGAUCAAUCAUAA